GCUUCCCGCCCACUCUGCAGCUUGUUAAUGGGAAUAGGCGUGGUCAGAGAGCGAUAUGGGCGGAAGCUUCCGUCCUCUUGCGGUGUCCUCUGAUCGGCAGAACCGGCCGCCUAUUGGCUGACUUGCUGGUGAUGCAGCCGGUUCCAGUCCUAUAAUAAAACCUGCGGAGAGGAGCUAGAACCCAUCAGUUGUAUCCACGGCCAGAGAAGAGAGACCUUGGGGUACAAAGAUUUUAAAUAUGGCCUCCUCCCUCAAGUACCUCCUGAUAUUUGACUUUGAUGAAACGAUCGUCAAUGAGAACAGCGAUGAUUGUGUGGUUCAGGCUGCUCCAAAUCAAGAACUUCCGGACUGGCUGUCCAGUUCUAUCCAGGAUGGUUUCUACUACCAGUAUAUGCAGAAGGUGUUAAAGUACCUGGGGGAUAAAGGGGUAAAGUUGGCAGAUCUCAGAUCCGUAUAUGAGAAAAUCCCACUCUCUCCUGGAAUGCCUGAUCUCUUCCGAUUCCUUAUGAAGAAACAAGAUCGAUUUGAGAUCAUCCUUAUUUCUGAUGCCAACGUGUUUGGAGUUGAGAGUUCCUUAAAGGCUCAUGGGUUUCAUUCACUGUUCCGUAGAGUCAUUAGCAACCAUACUAAAGUGGAAAAAAAUGGGUACCUUUCUCUGGAGCCAUAUCACACACAUACAUGCCCUAACUGCCCAGCCAGUAUGUGUAAGAGGAAGAUCGUAACAGAGUACCUUGUAGAGAGAUCAAAAGAUGGCGUGACCUUUGAGAAGGUGAUGUAUGUUGGUGAUGGAGCCAAUGACUUCUGCCCGUCCGUUGUGCUAACUGCCACAGACGUUGCCUUUUCUCGGAAGAAUUACCCCAUGCACCAGCUAAUCCAAAAAGAGCAGCAGAAAGGAACCUUCAAAGCAAAGGUAGUUCCAUGGGAUUCUGCUGAUCUAGUUCGGGAUUAUAUUCAAGAGCUUCUCAACAAGUCCUAGGAACAUCAGGUCAUUGUACGUCAGCAUGAAGACUUUAAGCCACCAGAAAUUGGAACAUUUCUGGUUGAUUUCUCUAUGCAUCUUAACUACCCCUUCCCCUUAUUAUCUUUAGGGUUAUUAGGAAAAAUAACAAAGAUACUUCAACUUGAAAAAAAAAAACGGUUCAUGAAAGUCUUGUGGGUUUGGUGUAGUCCUGCCGAGAGUGAUAUUGCUGUACAAGUAUUUACACUUUCUUUAGGAGAUGGUUUUAUAUUGACCAAGCUUCACUUUUCGUCAUGCUCAAGGAAAAACUCCAGCCUCAAAAGUUCCUGUUGCUGAAGAACAAUCUGAAACAUCACAGGAAGGACAGGUCUUCGGAAUAAUCUCUUCAGGCAAGAAGAGGCUGGAAUGAAAGCAAACAUGGACUGGUAAACUACAGGGUCUUAAUAUCAUAAAUCAUUGUGUUCUUCCAAUAAUGUCUAUUUUUGAAAGGGAACAAAUUGAAUGCUUUGCAUAACAGAAUUCAUGAAUGAUAUGCCUAUUUCUAUUCUAUUGUAUGUCAAAUUGUGCUUCCAUUGUACAGGAAUGUGCCACGAAUGAAAAGUUACAGGGCAAAAGACCUUUAGGGGGCUAAAACAUGGGCAUACAGUAUAUAAGCGACUGACUUGGCCAACUGUUGACCACUCUAUGGUCUCAAUCAAUAUUUUAAAUCAGUUUCAGAUCUUGAUGGGAUAGAGUGAAAACUACUAAGGACUGUGUGCUUGUUGGAUGUGAUCACAAGGGUUGUCUGAUUAUUGACCAGAGGGCCUGAUUAUUGGGAUAACCCAAGUUGGGUGCUCAAACACGUCCUCACUUAACCAUUCUACUUUUGCCCUACUUUUGAUGGUUUUCUUAAAGGUUCUUUCCCUUUCACUAUUUUAAUGAAUGCUAUUUUAUAUUAAAUGGAACAUAUAUUUAUAUAUCAUGGUGCUGCACACAGAAGAAUACUGAAAUGUAAAGAAUUAUAAACACUUUAGGGUUAGUGUAAUAAAAAGGAAUAAAACUGGUCUAGUAACCAGAAGCAACCAAUCAGCAGGAGGCAUUCAACACCUUUCAUUGCUGUGUGUUACUGGUCCUGCUGCAAAUCUUUGCCCCAUGGGCAUCUUGUUCCAGCGAGCAACCUAUGCAAAACUGCAGUUAGUUAUAGUUCGAUUUAUCUUUGGGUUCAGCAUUCUUUUCCUUUUUGUUCACAUUCUCUCCAACAGGAAAGAACAUUGAUUAUGAAGUCAUUUUUAUUGGUACGUUUUAAUGCCGGCCCUACCCCAACUGUCAUCCUGCUGCGAUUAUCUGCCUUGGGGGGCGAGUUUGUUGUGACAACCAAACUGCCUCCUUUUAAUGCCAUCGCUAUAAAAUAUGUUUUUAACCUUUUUACCCACCUGCCUUUAGGUGGAAUAUAUUUAAAUGGUUGGGUUUUGCGCUUAUAUAUAUAUGAAAAAAUCCUACCACCUUGUCAUUAUUAUUAAGGAUUCUAAGAAAUUGUAUAUUUUUUUAAAAAGUUGCCGGCUUUGCCUGUUGGCUUCAUUUGUAUUUGCUAUUUUAUCAUUAUUUUGGUCUUUUAGGAUCAAUAGGAAAUAAAAUGUAUAAUUUUAAAACCACAUGAGAGUUUAAAUAAAAAUGAUGU